UGACAAAAAUCAAACUCCCCAUGAUAUUUUUUGUCUUGUCAAUUGCGCAACGCUCACAAGAACUAUCACCCCUUUCUUGCCUCGUUUGAUAUGUUCAUAUCAUAUUUCAAGUGAUCAACUAAAGUACACAAUUUUUUUUGAUCAGAAGAGGAUGAUGAAAUUACCAGAACACCCCCAUUCUUUUACCUCUUUGGCCAGAGCUAGCAGUUACAAACAGAGCCCCGCCGCCGGGAAGAUAAUCAUCCCCGCCAGUAAUUAUUAUUAUUACCAGCGGUCAACGUCGUCUCGCGUAACCUCCGAGGAGAUUUCCGAUGCCACGCUGACCGGGACUCCGGUUGAGCUCCGGCGGCUUUGCAAGGCCAAGAGGAACGACGGAGGAGUCGUGUCCGCGUUUCUCCGGUCUCUUUUGAGGAUUAUAUCUUUUCCCGCCGCGUGUUGGCGGUUCCCGGCGAUGGGGUCGGUGGCUGCAGCUCCUCUCGGCCGCGUAGUCACCGGGACUCUGUUCGGCCACCGGAGAGGCCACGUCAGCUACGCCGUCCAGGCCGACUCCCGGUCCGAGCCGGCCCUGGUGAUCGAGCUCCCCGUCACGACGUCUGCCUUGGUGAGGGAGAUGUCGUCCGGGGUCGUCCGGAUCGCGCUGGAGUGCGAGAAGCCGGGCGGGAACGCGGCGGCGGCGCGGCGGCUCUUCCACGAGCCGGUUUGGACGGUGUACUUCAACGGCAGGAAGUGCGGGUACGCGCAGUCGAGGGCGUGCACGGCGUCGGACUGGCACGUGCUGGGCACGGUGCGGAGCGUGUCGGUGGGGGCCGGGGUGAUUCCGGUGGUGGAAGACGGCGGCGAGUUGCUGUACAUGAGGGCCCGGUUUGAGCGAGUUGUGGGGAACCGAGACUCGGAGGCGUUUUACAUGAUGAACCCGGACGGCAACGGCGGAGCUGAACUCAGUAUGUUUUUACUUAGGAUAUGAUAUUAAUUAAGGUGGCCCAAUUGGGCUUUUGGGCCGGUUCAGCAACAAAUUUAACAUACUCCUAAGUUUUAGCGUUUUUUAAAAGAUCAAAUUCUACUCUCGGAUAAAAUACUCUUUUCUAAUGUGGUGUUUUUCAAAUUAGUCUUAGAAAAAUUUUAUUUAUAUAAUUGACAUUUGUUACUUAAGUAAUUAUUUGUAAGAAUGUCAUUUAAAUAAUGAUUAAUUUAGGGU